GUGCUCGGCUCGGCCUCCCCCGGCCUGAUAAAAGGGCAGCCCGGCUCCCGAGGGCACGAACCUGCCAAGAUGGUGCUCAGCGACGACGACAAGGCCAGAGUGCGGGCCGCCUGGGUCCCUGUGUGCAAGAAUGCCGAAAUGUAUGGGAGUGAGACCCUUACCAGGAUGUUCGCAGCGCACGCAACCACCAAGACCUACUUCCCCCACUUCGACCUGAGCCCGGGCUCCAGCGAUCUCAAGGCUCACGGCAAGAAGGUGAUCGACGCGCUCACCGAAGCUGUCAACAACCUGGACGACGUGCCGGGAGCCCUUUCCAAGCUCAGCGACUUGCACGCCCAUAAACUUCGUGUGGAUCCCGUCAACUUUAGGCUGCUGGGCCACUGCCUCGAGGUAACCAUCGCGGCUCACAACGGAGGGCCCCUCAAACCCGAAGUGAUGUUGGCCCUUGACAA